UCAUUCUGUUUCCGUGUGAUUAUUCCAAGGAAAGAUUAUUAAUACUACAUCUAUAAUCUGAAGCAGUCUGCAUACAGUCAAUUUUAAUCAUUGUAGUCUCCUUGUUUUAUGUCGGAAUUUGAUUGGCUCCGAGUCCAGAUAAAAAUACUUUGAAAAGAAGCAUAGAUUAAUGUACUAUUGUUAACAGGGAUUAAAACUUAAUAUUCUAAGGAUUUAUAUGUUUCCCGGGAAAAAAAUCGAAAAAAGUAUUAAAGCUUAUUAGUGACUUGAGUAUGAUAUCAAAGCUUCGGAAAAUAUUUGUUCAGAGAAUAAUAUUGUGGAAGGAAGUAUAGGAUUUAAAGGCAUCUAUUGGGAAACACUGGUCGCAUUAACACAAAACAUCAUGACGGAAGCCAAAGAGGAUAUAACUAAGUUGAAGAAGAAUUUUAUGCAAGUUUAUGGUAUGGACUAUGUAAAUGCAAGCCGUAUACUUAAAACCAAAUAUCAGCGCAGCAAGAACAAAGAUGGACUCACAUUAGCAGAGAGAAUUAAAAUGGGUCGUUAUGGCAGUGGACAAGGUCAGUAUGAAAUGGAAAGAAAUGACAGUGCUUUUGAAAGUGUUGAUAUAGAUUAUGGUGAACUAGACGACGAAAAGAGAACUCCAACACCGGAACCUACACGAUCUCCGCCUAAGGAACAGGCCAUGGAUCAAACACCAAGGGGAAGUCGUCAACGUCCUGUUAGAGGUGAUUCUAGACGGUCACUGUCAGAAACUCCUCCACUGCCUCCCAUAAAACAAAAUCCCGACACUCCAAGAUUAGAGAGAAAGAAUAAUCCAAAUCAAGAUUCACCUGGAAGAUCCAGCAGUCAGGUAAAACAGCGACAAGUACUGCCUCCAAUAAAGGGAAAUGGAGGUUCAUCUGGUAGUUAUUCUGUUGAGGACGAUCCGUCACGUGAUAAUGUCACACGUCCUAGAGAUGAUCGUCAAUUUGAUCCAGAUAUCGGCGUUGGUGUCAUGGUCAUAGGAACACAAAACCCAAGGCCAAGGUCCCAAGAACGAAGUUCAAUGAAACGUUCAAGGUCUAGAUCGCCUAAAAAUAUUAUUAUACAUAAUCAUACAUCUAGACAAAGGUCUAAUGAGAGAUCUAGAUCACGUUCACGCGAACGAAGAAGAUCUCGAUCCAGAUCACCUGAAAUCAAUGUUAACGUUAUAAACACGCGAUCUAGAUCAAGUUCAAGAAAUCGUCGCAGAUCCAGAAGUUCGUCUUCAAGACGACGUCGUAAAUCACGGUCGCGCACAAGAUCAAAAGAUAAGCGUCAUAUUGUUAUUGUCAAUAGAUCUAAUAGUAGGGAUAGACAUAGCAGACGCCACUCGAGAAGUCGAAGUAAAAGUCGUUCAACUUCUCGACGACGAAGAACACGUAGUCGAAGUAGUUCUGUUGAUGUCAAAAUAGUAAACGCAUCAAGACGUCGUAAAUCACGAUCAAGGUCAUCGUCUAGGGGACGAAGGAGAUCACGAUCAAGGUCAUCGUCAAGAGGACGAAGGAAAACAAGAUCACAUUCUCGCGAAAAGAAAAUUAUUGUUCAUAAAGGGCGUUCCCGUUCACCUUCAAGAGGUAGAAAGAGAAUAAGCUCGAGUCCUAGAAAACGAUCAUCGUCUCGUGGAAGAUCUCAUGAAAGGAGACAUUCAUCCAGGUCAAGAAGCCGAUCUCUUAGCUUCGAUAUAAAUAGUAAAAAAAAUAGACACCGAAAUAAUUCUAGUCCAGAUCGAACGCAUUCGAGAGAUAAAGGAAAGCAACCUCUUAAGAAGAAGGAAAUGAACAGGAAGCAUUCAACUAGCAGGUCGCCAUCUCCAGAUCGACGACGCAGAAGUCCAUCACCUAUUAGAGCAGUUGCAGCCGCAGCGAGACCAAGAGAAGCUGCACGAGCAGAGACAAGCGAAAAAGCACGAUCGGGCAAUCCCCAAUCGUCUUCACAUAAAUCGAAUGACCAACGACUGCCAUCGUCUUUAGCAAAAGAAUUAAAUUCUCCUUCGAGACGAUCAGCGCCAUCUGACACAAAAUAUCCAUCGAACAAUAAACCUUCUCGUGGUUCAAAAACAGGAAAAAAUGACGACGAAAUGAAAGGAAUAAUAGAGCAGUUAGAUCAGUUAGCAGACUAUAACCUUAACUCUAUUAUGGGUAAAUCAAAGGAUUCUUCGAAGCCUAAAGUAGAUGAAAAAGUUAUCAAAGAAUAUUUAGGAGAUAACUACCAGAAAAAAAUGGACAAAUUUUUACAUAGUUAGUUUAAGUGAUUACUUAGAAUGUUAGUACCUUGACAUGUUAGCAGUGCAUAUAUUUAAUAAAUAGGAAUGACGGCAUAUAUUGUAUCUGAUGCUAAACACGACACAUACUGUCAUACGCAAAAGUAAACAACACAAAAUCUAAAUGGAUCCUUUCGACCAAAUAUAUAGUGAAACGAAGGACUUGUACAAUUUCAAUGUACAAGGGUUAUAAUGGGAUCUAAUUGUCAGAGGCUGUCAUUACUGUUUUAGUCAUAAAAUGUGGUUGUAAAAUUUCAUUUCGGUUUACUUAAUUGAAAGGUAUUUUUUUAUUCGUAGGAAAAAUGGUAAUCAAUAAUGUAGGCUCAUAUUUUGUUUUGAUAUUUUUUUUCUGUGCAGAGAAAUGGUCUUAGCCACGCUGUUACUAGUAUGAUACUAUAAAACAAAACGUAUUUGAUAGUUAUAUAUAUAUAAAAAAAAAGUCGUAUGAGACCUAUAUUAUCGUAGAAAUAAAACAUUAUAACGAAAAGAUUUCCGAAAAAAAUACCAAGUACAAAAAGAACAUAAUUUGAUUAAUCAAAACUUUGAUCUUCAAAAACUUUGAAUCUCGUUGUCUUCAUUUGUCUCCCUUUCAAUAACCGAGAUAUGCCGAAAAUUUUAAAUUAGGUUUUAGUUAUUUUCAAUAAAUUGAUAUUAAACAUAUAUAUUCUGAAAUUCACAGCUGAGGAUAUUUACUACUAUUGUGUUCAAAUUGGAAAAUUAUGAUAUUUACAAAUUUCCGUUAUUAAAUUUGAAAUAAGUUCUUGACCUUCGAUCGUUUUGUAAUUAUUUACAAUACGUUGUUCAUUGAUUGUAAUGUAAUAUUCAACAGUAGGUAUUUGUCUAAGGUACUUGAUAUAUUCAUGUUGGUUAGUAAAUGUUUGUCUUUGUCAACAUACUGAGUAUAGUUUUCAAAGGACAAAAUAUAACAUCUAAUAUUUAAAGAAAGCACAGUUCCAACACCGCGUGUUUUAUAAGUUUUGCUCGAUUAAUUUUUUUUUUUCAAUUAUGUACUUUUAUUUUUUGGUUGCACCUCCCAAAUGCUGUAUCAAUUCCGAACAAAUACUGAAGCAAACGUAGCUUCUUUUUUUUUUAAAUGUUGUAUAAGUGUUUUUACUGUUAGACUUUAUAAUAUAGUUAUUAAUGUCAGUGAUAUUUUGUAAUUUUUUAAAACUUGUAAUAUACCAAUGAAAUUUGUUGAUUGUUUUGCGUUUUUAGGAGGCCUUAAGUUGUUGGCAGGCUAAGGACUGCAUUAAACUCACAUGUUCUGGGCCAAUUGUAAGAUAUAAAAAAAAUAUAAGAGUUUGUAACUAGAAGAUUGGAAGAGUGGGAAUAAAUUGUCAAAAAACGUAUAAAUGUUGAUGACCAGAAUACAUUACAGACACAAUUAUCUAUAUGUUUUUCAUUGUAUUAUGAUAUACAGUUAUCAUUUGUGAACACGAAAUUGAAAUAGUAUAUUGUUAUACUAGUGAAUGAUUGUUUCUACAAUUACAUUUUCUUUACUGGCACAAUACAGUAACAUGACCCAAAUCCAACAAAUUUCGAUUGUUAUAGAGUGAACUAAUAUUACUUGGUAAUAAAGGAAGAUUGUUUGAAAAUGAAUCAAGAAGCACAGUAAGGACAUAUGUUACUUAGGCUUUUUAUAUAUACCCGUCCAUUUUAUAUGUAGCUAUUAAAUGUUAGUACCUAUAUUUUUUCUCGACCAAUGAUGUGAUAUUUUAUAACAGUCUGUGAUAAAUAUAUAUUAAUUUGUUGUUGUUGCUGAUGUUAUUAUUGUUAAAUGUUUACUAUUUC